GCGUAGACAAGCUUUUGCAGGACCGCUCACUUUUCCUCCGAAAGAAUGCGUCACUUUGCUCUGCUGUUCUUACUGCUCUUCGUUUUGGCAAUAACAGUCGAGGCACACAAAAAGAAAGCGAAAUCAAUUUGCUCAGGCAUGUUUAAAAACCACAGAAUAGCCAAUCUAGAAUGCAGAGAAUUCUGCAAGAUAGAGAUGAUUUGCCCACAAGGAGGAUACUGCAAAGUGAAGCGCGGUCGUCCUCAUUGUAUGUGCAGAGGCUGUCCCGGCCGCAAAAAUAAGAUUUAACAAAUUUACUCUACCUAUCUUUUCAAAGCAUC